AUGUCCACCUCUCCUUCGUUGGCUCCUCAGCAACCCACCACCAGUGACUCCGCCACUACCUCUCCUGUGAUCAACAGGGCGGCCUACCAGACCUCCUCCCUCAUCCCGGGCGGCAUGGUCUACCCCGGCGGCUACAUGCUCUCCGGAAACGUUGGAACUUCUGACGUCACCACCACCACCGGACUCACUGGCAUGACCUACGGCAGCUUGCCCAUGGGCUACAGCACCGCCUACACCUCCUUGGCUGCCAGACCAGUGACCCAGGUUACCAGCCUUCCGGUUCAGAGCGUCGUGAGCGCCCCCAAGGUUCACACUGUCACCGAGAGCCAGCAGGUCGAGCAGACUGUCCCCAAGUACGAGUACGAGACCCGCCCCAUCAUCGUCCCCACCCUCGUCCCUGUGGAGAAGACCAUCAUGGAGACCAAGCUUGUUCAGGUUCAGGUCCCCAAGAUCAUCACCACCCAGGAGCUCCAGAACGAGACCCGCUACAUCCAGAUCCCCAGACCUGUGUUCGAGGAGAAGAGGAUCAAGGUCAAGCGCCCCACGGUUGUGUAUGAGGAGCACGAGAUCGUCACCACCCAGCAGGCCUUCGAGACCCGAUCUGUCUCUAUCCCUGUUACCCGCACCUACACCACCACUGAGCAGGUUGUCACUGGCACCACUCCUACUGUUCAGACUGCUUCCUACACCACCGGUGCCUACCAGACUGGAACCGCCUAUCAGACCGGAGCUACUUAUCAGACCACUGGCACUGGCUACACCGGAUACACCACCGGAUCAUACAUGUCUGGAUAUCCCUACAGCACUGGCAGCGUCACCGGCACCACCGGCGCUACAGGCAUGACUGGAAGCGUGGGACAGUGGCAAACCCUUGACGGACAGCCUCUUCCUGCUGCACUUCUCAGCCAGCUCAGCAGCGGAUUGUACUCCACCAACGCUUCCAACACUGGUGCCAGCCCCGCUGCUCCUGCCAGCGGCGAGACCAAGCCUUAA